AAAAAAUGUAUUGAACAUUGCUGAACUCGUUUUAAUUGCGUCCAGAUUCUCACACCCAGAAACUGUAUUUCUAGGUUUAUUAUUGUUGAUACUACAAAAUAUAAAAGGAAAAUCAAAAAAUGAUUUCUGAAGAUGAGAAUAGUGCGCGUAAUUCGCCUAGACCUAAACGUGCAUCAAUGGUUUCCGAUGCAAGCGCCUCAUCACCACCUGCACCUUCUCAUCGAAAGAAAAAUAUUCCUCUUGAGCAUGGAUGCGAAGAUAAUUGGACAUGGAGCAAACGACACCGUUCAAAAGAAGUUGUUUUAAGUGGUCCAAAUAAUAGAACAGUUUUCUUUCAUCCCAAUUGGAGUAAGGGUACCGCAGGUGUGCAAGGUAAACGUCCACUUAAUAAUGGACGCUUUUAUUGGGAACUGCAUGUGUCACGACGUGUCUUUGGCACAAGCAUUAUGUUUGGUAUUGGAACAAAAAGUUGUCGUUUACAUGCUAGUUCUUUUCGUAAUAUGCUCGGAGAGAACGAACACGGUUGGGGCUUAUCUCACAAAGGCGUCCUAUGGCAUAAAGGAGUAGCUUUGCUUUAUACAAAACGAUUUAAAGAGAACCAUGCGACAGUGAUUGGUGUACUUUUUGAUGGUAUUGAAGGCACAUUGACAUACUAUAAAGACGGUAAAUGCUUGGGAGUGGCUUUUCGAGGAUUAGAUAAGAUUAAGGAACCGCUUUAUCCUAUCGUUUGUUCUACAGCAGCAAAAACUGAAAUGACUCUGAAAUGUGCUCGGCGCGAUUUUGUUAAUUUGCAAGAUCGCUGUCGAGCUGAAGUAAUAAAACAUAUUAAAAGUCGAGAAGAUUUGCCCGAACUUAAAUUACCUUCAAUUAUUACAGCUUAUUUAAGUGAGGCAUUCAAUGACGCGGCACCUUUAAGGCAGGUAGAUAAUUACGAUAUUUUAUGCGAUUUUUAAACAUUUCUAAGUAUAAAAAAUUAAAAUUGUAUAUAUCAAUUAGGCAAAUAUAUAGCAUAAAACUUAUUAUGAAGACUAGAGAAAAAAUCAAGCCCUAUCUGCUAUUUGGUUAUUCACAAUAAACUGUAAGAUAAGGUUUGAUAGACAACUUUUAUUGAGGUCUCUAAUGCCUAUCAAAAACCGGCAACUAAUUUCUUUCGCUCAGCUAUUCAAAAAAUAAUUUUUUUUUUAAAUCAAAAUUAAUUUCAAAGUUAACACUUGACUCAUGAUUUAUUCGCAAAAUUUUAUAUGAAAAUUUUUUAUAUGGUUUAUUUUGGAUGUGGAAGAG